AUGGCCAGGCGAGAUCCAGCCACUGGCAUGCCGGUCUGCAGCACCUGCGAGCGCAUUGGGCACCCGCUCUGCGGGCUCAAGUAUUGGAUCACCUUGCGAGCGGCCUGGCUCAGGCUGCCGGAGCAGGUGGUGGCGGAGGAGCCCCGAAGCUUCGAGGACCCCCGGUUUUCGCUGGUGGCUUAG